AUGGGCCAGACCACCUCGAGCCUGCAGCCGCCCGAGGGCCUGGAAGCCGUGACGCUCGCGGACGUGCGCCGCGCCGUGGUUGUCCACCGCAAGCGGCUGGGCGGCGCCGUGCUCCUGAGCGCGCGCCAGGCCCAGCAGCUAUUACAACCAAAAGCGGAGGGCGACGAGGCCCGCGCCGUCGAAGCGGCCAUCAAGAGGUGGUUCGGCGGCUGGUUCAAGGGUCCCGACGGACGGACCGUGGACCGGGUCGGCGGCAAUUUAGUACUAGGCGCCUUGGCGUGCGUCGCAAAGGGCGACGCGACGCCCGGCGACGAGGGCGCCGUCCGCGCGCGGGCGACGGCGCUAUUCGCCGUGCUCGCCGCGGGGGCCACGCACUUAGAUUCAGAUCAUGUGGCCUUGCGGUUAGACGGCGCGUCGAGAGCCCUCGCGCGCGUCGAGACGGGCGGCAAGCGGUGCCGCGAGGACGGCGAACGGCACUUCAAGGAGUUAUGUGCGAGCGCCUUCGGGGGCCAAGAGGUCGACGCGCGGACCUUUACCGUCGCCGCCGAGGAGCUCAUCGAGACGACGCCCUUCGAGGAGGUGAUGUUGCUGCGGGCGUCGUCCGAGGCGCCGCCCACCUCUCCCGAGCACGCGCUCAACGCCUUGGAACUCCCGGACGAGGGCCCGGCCGAGCCGCACGUGCGCCGCAAGCUGCGCCACUCGCGCGAGUUCGACCGUCCUGAUGAAGAGGAGACGGCCGAGACGGAAGACAUGCGCCUCACCGAAGAAGCCUUCCUCAGCGCGCCGCAGCCCGUGGAGCCGUCGCGGUCGCAGCGGUCGUCGCGCCCGAGCCUGCAGGACGUCGACGAGCUGCCGGAGCGCUCUUCUCCAAGAGCGUCGCCGCGGCCCCCGAUCAACGUCGUCGACCUCACGGCGCCGGCGCCGGCGCCGGCGCCCUUCGACGGCGGCACGGCCCUGGCCGACGCCGCGGCCGCGCCGGCGCCGGCCGCCUCCAUCUCAGUCUCCAAGGCAGCGGCCCCGCCGGUCGACGAGGACGAGGACGACGACGACGGCGCCGCGGAGCUCGCCGCGGCCCAGGAGGCCGCGGCCCAGCGGAAAGCCGAGAAGGCCCAGAAGAAGGCGGAACGCGAGGCCGCGGCGAAAGCUCUCGCUGACGAAGCUUCUGCGGACGAAGAUGAAGAUGACGGCGCCGCCGAGUUAGCUGCCGCCCAGGAAGCCGCCGCGAAGCGCAAGGCGGAGAAGGAAGCGUUGAAAGCCCAGAAAAAGGCCGAGCGCGAGGCCGCGGCCAAAGCAUUAGCCGACGAGGCCUCUGCUGAGGAUGAGGACGACGACGACGGCGCCGCCGAGUUAGCCGCUGCGCAAGAGGCCGCCGCGAAGCGGAAAGCUGAGAAAGAAGCCCUCAAGGCUCAAAAGAAAGCGGAGCGCGAGGCUGCCGCGAAAGCUCUCGCCGACGAAGCUUCGGAUGAGGACGACGACGAUGGCGCCGCCGAGUUAGCCGCUGCGCAAGAGGCCGCCGCGAAGCGGAAAGCUGAGAAGGAGGCACUCAAAGCCCAGAAAAAGGCCGAGCGUGAGGCCGCAGCAAAAGCAUUAGCUGACGAGGCGUCUGCGGACGAGGACGACGAUGACGGCGCGGCCGAGCUCGCCGCGGCCCAGGAGGCUGCGGCCAAGCGCAAGGCCGAGAAGGAGGCACUCAAAGCCCAGAAAAAGGCGGAACGCGAAGCCGCCCUCAAGGCCGCCGCCGCCGACGAGCCGUCCGAGGAGUCCGACGACGACGGCGCCGACGCCGUGCUCGCCGCCGCGCAGGAGGCCGCCGCGAAGAAGAAGGCCGAGCGCGAAGCGGCCAAGGCCGAGGCCCGGGCCAAGAAGCAGGCCGAGCGCGAGGCCGCCCUCAAGGCGAUGGAGGCCGAGCCCUCGGACGACGAACCGGACGACGACGGCGCCGACGCGGAACUCGAAGCCGCGCGCGAGGCCGCGGCCAAGAAGAAAGCGGAAAGAGAAGCCGCCAAGGCCGAAGCAAGAGCGAAGAAGGACGCCGAGCGCGAGGCGGCGAGGCAGGCCCUCGCGGAGGCCGAGGCGGAGUCUCCCGAGGAAGAGUCCGACGACGACUCCCAGGCCUCGGCCGACGCCAUCGCGCGCGCCAAGGAGGCCAAGGCCCGCCGUAAAGAACAAAAGAGCCGCCAGAGGCAGCGCGAGAAGGAAGAACGGCUCAAGGCGCUGAAGGAAGCCGAGGCCUCCUCCGACGAGACGCCCCGCGACGACCAAGCGGAGCAGGCGGAGCUCGAGACGCUGAGACGGGCCAAGGAGGCGAAGCAGAAGCGCUCCGCCGAGAAGGCGAAGAGGAAGCAGUUCGAGCUCGAGCAACGAAGGUUAGCGCGCGAGCGCGAGCUCCAGCAGGUGUCCGAGGACGAGGACGACGACGGCAUCUCGCCACGUACCAAAGCCGCGGAGGAGGCCGCCGAGGAGGAGCUGCGGCAGGCGAAGGCGAAGGCGGCCGAGCGGCGCGCGGCUCGCAAGAAGGACAAGGAGGCCGCGCUGCAGAAGCGGCGCGAGGAGCGCCAGAAGGAGCUCGAGGAGGCCCUGAAAGACGACUGGACGCCUAGACCGGAGGAUGAUGAUGAUUUCGAGCGCCAACUGGCCGAGGCCAAGGCGAAGAAGGAGCAGCGCCGGCAGGCGCGCCAGCGCCAGCGCGAGGAGGCGAACCGGCGAGCUUUGGCCGAGGCGGCGCGCGACUCGCCGCGGACGGACCCGGGCCCCAAGCCCGUCCACAUUGAUGGGAGGACGCACGAGAUGCUCGAGGGCGAGGCGCCCGGUUUACCCGAUGAUCCGGAGGAGUAUUGUUUACCAGUACCGGACACGGACGACUACGCGUUACCCCCCGCGCCGGCCUACGAUGCAGAUAUUGACGGGGCGACGAACUGGAACUGGCGGGACCAGGACGCGCACGGUUCGAAGUACCAACGGGGCUUCCGGGCCUACCAGAACUACAAGCCGCGGCCGCCUUCCGUUCCUGGAAGUAAACCGGAGAACUACGAGACGGACAUGCGUUCACUAGGAUCGGGCGACGACUCGCAGUCUUUGGGGUCGGCGCAGAUGCGGACGCGCAAGGCCAUGUUUCCCCCCCAUGACGGUGACCACUGGCAGGAGGAGUGGCAGGAAGGUAGUAUGGCUUCCGAUACGGGGCUGAGUCCUCCAAAACGUGUGUACGACUACGAGGCGGACCUCGGCCACCAACGGUCGGGGCCCAUGGAGCCGGACCCGGAAGGGUUGGAGGGCGGCCCCUACCGUAGGUUUGGGCCUAGACCGAUGCCGCCUCCGGAAUUACCGAUUCCGAACGGCGCGUCGCGGCCCGUGCCCGACGAUUUGGGCUACCGGCCGCGCGCGUCCGACUCGGCUUACGGGGUUUUGGAGCACGUCGACGAAGCUAGACAUGCGUCGGAGCGCGCGGGGGACGUGGCGAGGCAGGCCGCGGAUUAUGAACGGAAGCGGCCCUCAUCACCAAUCUUCCGGGAGGCCAUGAUCGGCGAUAAUAGGGAUGACGUCGAGCGCUACGUCGGCGAGGCCAAGGAGGCGUCGCGGCGGGCGUCGACGUACGCGCGGGAGGCGGUCAUGGCCGGCGAGAGCCGCGAGCAGUUCACACCCAGUAGGACGGACGAGGCUUAUGGGGUGGACCGCCUCGUGCCGUCCGUCGCGCCCCGCGCGCGGCCGGAGCAGAGCCUGCCGGACUGGGCCGGCGGCUCGGAGCAGCUCGGGCUCUCUGGUCAUGAAAAGACCGAUUUAGGCCCGCGGUCGCCCAUGGAGCCCUACCAGGCCGCCGACCCCUAUUCCUCUAGAAGUCCGCAGCAACGCUCGGAGCUCGACGACGCCCACGGCGGGGGCUACGGCGAGGCCUGGCACGGCGAGGACGCUUAUGGCAACGACCCGGACUUCGAAGGCGGGAAAUAUCAAAGGGGCUUCCAGUCCAUGUCCGAAAAAGGCAUCGACUCCAUCGCGGGCGCCUUCUCGCACUUCAGCGGGCGCCAGGCCCAGGGCGGCUUCUCGACGACGCCGGGCACGGGCAAGCGCGCCGUCGACUUCGACGUGGGGCCCUCGCCGCCCUUCGACGGCGGCUACGGCGGCGCCAUGGGCGGCUCGGGCGGCUCCGGCCAAUUCGGCGGCUCGGGCGGCUCAGGGGGCGGCCGCUUCCAGCUCGACCGCAGCCAGUCGAUGCACGCCGAGAACUGGCAGGGCCAGGACGCCUACGGCAACGACCCCGAGUACGAGGGCGGCAAGUACGAGCGCGGCGCGCGGGGCUUUGGCAUGCCCAUGGACGACGGCGUGGGCGAGUCCAAGUUCGACGGCGGCUUCGGCGAAGGGGGCGGUCCUUUCGGUGGGAGUGGUGGAAGCGGUGGCGGCUUUGGCGGAAGCGGCGGCCCCUUCGGUGGCAGCGGCGGGUUUGGGGGGAGCGGCGAGUACCAGCACGACCCGGACGCGUAUGGCGCCGAGGUCAACGAGCGGCCCGAGGGCGGCUACUUCGGCCACGCCAACGCCGUGAACAGCGGCGGCUUCGGCGGGAGCGGCGGUCCGUUCGGCGGCGGCGGAGGCUUCGGCGGGAACGCCGACGCGCCGCCGCCGCCGGGCCGGCGCUUCCAGCUCGACCGCAGCCAGUCGGCCCACGCGGAGAACUGGACGGGCCAGGACGCCUACGGCAACGACCCCGACUACGAGGGUUCGAAGUUUGAAAGGGGCGCGCAGGGCUUCGGCGGAGCGAUGCACCAGCCGCAAGGCUUCGGGAUGCAGCAGCCCGCGAACGAGUACGGCCACCACCGGCGCGAGCCGACGCAGUCGUCGUCGCCGCUGCAGGACGACGACAUGUCGCGCGUCUCGCAGAUCUCGGACCCCUACUCGCCCGUGCCGAUCCGGGACAAGUUCGGCAACGACGCGGAUUUUGCGGGGGGCAAGUAUCAAAGGGGCGCCCAGGGCUUCCGGAGCUGGGAGCGGUCGCUGGACCCGCUGCCGCUGCCGCCGGAGGACGGGUCGUUGGCGCCGUACAAGCCCCGGACGGCCGCCGAGUUAGAUGAGAUGUCCACUCAUACCCCGAUGCGCGGCGGCGCGGUCUACGAAGAAAAGGGCCAGCUCCACCAGGUUGGUGGCGGGGUGGGCAAACUCAAUAUUCGGGCCUGGACGUCGUCGGACGCCGCGGUGCUACGGGAGGUGCCGAGCGUUUUAUGCGUGGGCUUCGGCGACGGCGUCGACUUCAGCCUGCAGACGAACGUCAAGGCCGCGGCCAUCGCCCUCGAGGUCAUCUCGUCGCCGGACUACCUGGGGGCGCAAGUCGUCUUCUGGGACGGCGCGGAAUUAAGGCACGACUCGUACACGUCCGUGCUGCCGGCCCUGGCGGCGCGGGGCUGCAAGCUCGCGGCCUGGCGCGCCGGCGCGUCCGAGGCCCAGAAGAAGCUGUUGGCGUCGAGCUGGGCCUGCGUCGACGCGUGCGACGCGGUGGUGGCGCUCUUCGACGACAAGUCGCCGCGCGUCGGCGAGACUGUAACGGGAAAACCAGCGGAGCCGCGGCACGCGUCCAAGGCGGCGCUCAACUGUCUGAAAUUGAUCCACUACGCGGGCGUCUCGCGCGUCGUCUGCUUCGGGGGCGGCCAGGACGUGCUGGACCUCGUCGACAACGCGCCCGGCCACGUCGAGUUCCACGUCAUCCCGGCCGUCCGUUGCGCCGACAACGGCGCCGACGGCGUCUUCGGGACGGACGACGACGAGUUCGAGGAGGCCCACGUGCUCGCCUACGGCGGGAAGAACGCGCAGCGCGUGCACGUGUAUCAGCUUAAUGGCUAG